CUUCCGCAAGCGCGGGAGUCUUGGUUUGUGUGUAGCGCUGCAGUCACUGGCUUGUUUUUCUGGGCGCGUUCGUCCUUUGUGCUGGGAUGGCUUUCGGAGAGGAGGCAGCUGGCGGCUGCAGCAGAGGGGUUGCUGUCGCCCCGGGAUGCUUGUAGGAGGGGUCUCAGGGUCCACACGGUUUCGGUGCCUUCGUUUUCUUCCGUCACAGUCGCUGGUGCCUUUGGAAAAACAUGAGCUCGUCCCGGGACUCCGCUUUCGAGAAGCAGCAUCUCUGGAUGUACCUGCAGGCGCUGGGUUUGGAUCGGAGUUCCAGCAUCACGGUCGGCGGGAAGAUGAUGCCGCACGUGCACCUUGGAGAGAACAUGUUUGACAAACUGAACCGUGAUGCCUUUCGUAUAGUUUCUUAUUUUUUGUUUAAAACACUGGAUAAGUCUCUUGCCAAAGAAGUUUUCAGAGAUUGUUGGCCUCCAUUUGACCAAAAACGUGACACAGAAUUCCGGAAAAUUUGCUGUGAAUGGUUAAAAGAGAUUUCUGCUGAAUGUGGGAGUAGUUUUCCUCAAGUUGUUGGCACAUUGUUUAUGUCUCCUGGUGGUCCUAAGAUAAUUCAUCUGAUGUAUCAUUUUGCAAGAUAUGUUGCAAUCAAAUAUAUUAAAACAAAGUCUACCGAUUCUCUACAUUUUGCAGAAACGUUUAAUGCAAAGCCACAAGAUAUGCACAAGUGCCUUGCCAGAUGCCAUGUAGCACGUAACAGAUUUUUACAGAUUUUGCAAAGAGAACAUUAUGUUAUCCAAAAAUACCAGGAAAAUGCACAUCUGUCUGUUAAGCAAGUACGAAAUGCAAGAUCAGAAUGCAUGGCUCUACAGAACCAAAUGAAAAGAAUGGAGCCCUAUGAUGACAAGAGUAAUAUACAAGAGAAGAUUCAAAAGGUUCGGUCUUUGUGGACUUCAGUGAAUGAGACACUCACGGUUUUGGAAAAGGAGAGAGAAGUUGUCAGUUCACUCUUUAGUUUUGCCGACCAGUAUGCUUUGGAUGGAGCUAGUGUUGCUGUUAAUAUUCCAAGGCUCUUACGUGACAGACUUGAGGAGCAGAUAUGUCAGUUGCAGAUAAGAAAUGUUUAUGAGGCUGGAAAAUUGAACCUCUUAACAGUUAUUCAGUUGUUAAAUGAAGUCUUGAAAGAAAUGAAAUAUGAACAUUGUAAAGCUGGCCAAGCAAAAUUGACAGUAGACCUCCACUGCCUUGAAAAAGAAACCAGAUUUCAGAGGGAAAGAUUAUCAGAUAUGAAGCAUAUGAGGCAUAAAGUAAAAGAGCAUAUCACUUCAAUAAGACAGUCUACUGUUGAAAAGGAAGAAAAAUGGCAUCUGAAGUGGAAAGGCUUUCUUGGUGUGUCUCCUUUCAGUCUAAUUAAAAGUGGGCCUUCAGCUGUGGAUCUUUUGCCUCCCAUGUCUCCCCUUUCGUUUGAUCCUGUGUCAGAGGAAGUAUAUGCAAAGAGUAUACUUUUGAAGUAUCCUGCUUCACUUCCAGAUUCACAUAAAGAACCUAAACAAGAAAAUGGUAGCAGAAGAGAGGUGGAUAUCCCGGGAAAUGUGUGUCACAGAGCUAACAGCCCUGUGCCUUUUCCCUUACAGUGUGCUUCAUCCUCAGAUACAAACAGUUUCACACUAGAGAAGGAUCCAAAUAUGAGGACUCCUAAAGAGAAAACCAUGAUUUACAAGAAAAUAGCAGACUCUGAAGUGGAAGACUCUUCUUUAUCAGAUAUUGCAAAAAAUGCCCAGAAUAGUGCAUUCAGAGAGUCUCUGCCAGUGAAAAAGAGUGAUCCAUUCCAGAAAGAGCAAGAUCGUCUGGUAGAUGAGGUUGCCAGAGUAGUUCUGUCUGAUUCACCACAGCUCUCUGAAGGAAAAGAAGUCGAACUGGAGGAGCUAAUUGACACUUUAAUUUCUAAUCCCUUCUUAGCAAGGAAACAAAUUCCGCGGACUCCAGAUAACUUGAUAACUGAUAUUAGGACCUCAUGGAGAAAAGCUGUCGAAGCUGAAGAUAAAAGAAGUUCAGAUGGGAUUCUAGUGGAUGCCAAUUCUGGACAAAUGUCGUCAUCAGAGUCUUCAUCUAUACUGCAGAAUCAGAGGGAAUUUAGCAUGGCUCUUUUUUCCCCAGAUUUUGAUCGGUCUUAUUUGCCUGAAGAGAAAGAUGUUCCAUAUCAGCUUAAAGGUGUACCUCAGAGACAUUUGGUAACAAGUCAGAUUAGUGAACCCCCAACAGAAGAUGAGUCAGACUUGAUAAAUAAGAAAAUGAUUUGUAAGCAAGAUUCAGAAACUAGACAAGUGGAGGCAUUCUCCCCUGGUGUGGCCAGUGGAGUAGAUGUGAUGAGUAGAAGUAAAGAGGACUGUGUUCGAGUACUGGACCACUCACAAGCUUCUUGCAGUGAAUCUUCCACACAUAAAACUCUGUUAUGGGAUUCUUUUCAGAGGUUGAGUGGCAUUGGCAUAUUACAUGAAACUCUUCCAGAAGAAGUUGGUCGCCUAAGUCUUAAUAGUUCUACUAGUUCAGAGACCACUUUUAAACUGGAACCAAAGAGUUAUGUGCACAGUGAUGCUUUCCCAGACGAUGUGGAAAAAAACCAAGCUAUUCCAGAAUUACAUUCCAAUUUACAGGCUCUUCUCACUAGAUAUGAGAUUCUGAAGAAAUCUCUUAACAAAAUCAGGAAAGAAUCUCACCUGUCUAAUCCCGAGACACUUGAACAACACAAAGUAGAAUUGAGUCCUCUAGCCAAAGAUGUGCAAGCGGAUGAUACACACACUGUUUUGGACACUCGGGAUUUGUUUAUUGACUGCACAAAGCCAUCUUCCCACAUGUCCCUUGAUGAAAGAACACAGAGUGCAUCACCUCUAACUAAAGCUUUUGGGGAAUUUCUGCCUAAUUUAGAAGAAGAAGAAACUCAAGUAAGAGCCUUGAAGCAAGAGACUUUCUGAUUUGACAAGAUGAAGCAUUUUCUAGUUGUUUUUAGCUGUGAUGCACUUACCCUGAAGCCUUGUCACUUAACUGCAGCUGAUGCACAUUGGAAGUGAAUUGUCUUUCUUGCAUCAAAGGAGUUUUGAAUGUACUUUGGCCUCUUAUAAUGUGUUUAGGUGUG